GGUUUAUUUAGAAUAAAGUGAAUAGACAGACCUUAUCUAUCACAUUGACUUCUAUGUGUCAAUUUUAGGUUGUUUUGAAUUAGGUGAUAGUAACGUUUUAGCAGAGUGCAUGUAUUUGUGUAACAUCUGCCUGUUAAACUUCCUAGAUUUGAAAGCAAACUGAUUUUUUUUCGGAUAUUAAAAAACACAGGCAAUCGGCACCGGCUCCUACGUGCUGAUCCUUAAUGUCUGAGACAGCAUAAAUUGAGGCCCAGCGAAGUUGGCGCUUGAAAAUUGCGAUAGUAACAGCAACAAAUGCAGUGGAGUUUAGGAGGAGAUUGUUUGAAUGAAGUUAUCCAAAGUAUCACGCGCUGAUUUAGCACAGUCCCGAUUGGUUUGACGUCGAUUUGACUGUUGCUCUGUCAAUUUUGGCAGCAAUGUCGCGUUUUAAAAGAGGUGGGAAAUUUGUAGAUUCUAGAGCUGGGUUUAAAACCGACAAAGAAGAACCCUCUGUUCCUUGCGGGUUAUUAAAAUCGGCCAGAAAAAGCGGACAGCUUAACCUGUCAGGACGAGGACUGACCGAAGUACCCCAGAGCGUCUGGCGCCUGAAUGUAGACACACCAGAGGAAGCUCAACAGAACCUUUCUUUCGGAGGUGCUGAUCGUUGGUGGGAGCAGACGGACCUCAUUAAACUUUUUCUCUCAUCAAACAAGCUCCAGAGCCUCUCGGAGGAUAUUCACUUGUUACCGGCUCUCCUGGUUUUGGACGUCCAUGACAAUCAGCUUACCUCUUUACCCAAGUCCAUUGGAGCGUUGGAAAACCUCCAGAAGCUUAAUCUAAGCCACAAUAAGCUGAAAGAGUUACCAGAAGAGCUGUGGAAUCUGAAGACACUGAGGAGCCUGCAUCUGCAACAGAAUGAGCUAGAGCAGAUUGCAGAGGGCGUGGGUCAACUUGACAAUCUGGAUGAUCUUGACCUCUCCAAUAACCAGCUGACAGGCAUUCCUAACAGCUUUGGCAACUUGAGAAACCUGGUUAAACUAAACCUGUCUUACAACAAACUGAGGAGCCUUCCUCCAGCUAUCAGUUCCAUGAAGAGUUUGAAAUUGUUAGACUGCACUCACAACCAGCUGGAAACUGUCCCUUCGGUCCUGGCACAGAUGGCCUCUUUAGAACAACUCUACCUGAGACACAAUAAACUCCGCUAUCUUCCUGAGCUUCCCUCCUGCAAACUACUCAAGGAGCUCCACGUUGGUUACAAUCAGAUUGAGGUGCUUGGACCAGAGCAUCUGAAGCACCUCAGUUCUAUCAGUGUGCUGGAGCUGAGGGACAACAAGCUGAAAGCCCUGCCUGAUGAGAUUGCACUACUCGAGGGUUUGGAGAGGCUGGAGCUCACCAAUAAUGACAUCAGCAGUCUGCCAUAUACUCUUGGUAACCUGCCCAAGAUAAAGAUCCUGGCUCUGGAUGGAAACCCUUUGAGGACAAUCCGCAGAGAUCUUCUAAGUAAAGGGACCCAGGAGCUUCUGAAAUAUUUGAGAAGUCGAGUCCAAGAGGUGCCAGAUGGAAGAGACCAAGACCCACCCAAGACAGCGAUGACUCUUCCAAGUCAAGCCAGGGUGAAUGUGCAUGCCAUAAAAACCUUGAAGACGCUGGAGUACAGUGGCAAACAGGAGGCAUCUAUCCCAGAUGAGGUGUUUGAUGCAGUUGUCAGCGAUCCUGUUGUCAGUGUUAAUUUCAGCAAAAAUCAGCUGACUGCGAUCCCUGCCAGGAUCGUAGAACUGAAAACAACAAUUUCCGAUACAAACUUGGGAUUCAAUAAGAUCACCUCUAUUUCCUUGGAAUUCUGCAUGCUUCAGCAGCUGGUAAACAUAGACCUCAGAAACAACCUUUUGACAUCACUUCCUGCAGAGCUGGAAGCCUUGACAAAACUGAGGAGUAUUAUACUUUCCUUUAACAGGUUUAAGUUGUUUCCUGAAGUGCUUUAUGAAAUUCCUACACUGGAGACAAUACUAAUCAGCAACAACCAGGUGGGAGCUAUUGACCCAAUUCAGCUGAGAAGACUGGAGAAAUUGUCUACGCUGGACUUGCAGAACAACGAUAUCAUGCAAGUGCCUCCAGAGCUUGGCAACUGCACCAGCCUUAGGGCACUGAUGCUAGAUGGGAAUCCAUUUCGCAACCCAAGAGCAGCAAUUGUUGCACGAGGAACAGAUGCACUUCUUGAAUACCUUAGAAGCAGAAUUCCUACCUAAAGAGUGUCAGUGUUAUUUUCACAGCUGCAUUGUGUACAAAGAAUACAUCUGUAUUCCUGUUUCGAGCCUCCUGAUAAUUUCAGUUGAAAAAUAUGAGCUGUUCUGGGAUCAAAAAGAAGUGGUACAUUAAUGUUGCUACAAAGCUUUCUGUAACAAACUAUUUGACAUUAAUCAGAUAAGCAACUGCAACCAUAGACAUUAUGGACAAUACUAUCCCUAUCAAGAAUAGAAAGAAUCUGUAAUUCAUCAGUAAGAAUGUUGUUAAACUGUACCAUAUUUUUAACUCUUAUGAAUUACAAGGGACGUGUGUAAACCUAGAAAAGACAUUUAGUAUAGUUCAGUUAUACACACUGUAUGACUAAAUAUAUGCAUCUGCGCAUUCUCACGUUUGUGAUCUUGAUCUAAAAUGAAAAAUGUUAGGAGGAAAGUUUUUACAAACAGCUUUCCCAUUAUUUAAUUUUUUCCCCUCAAUAGAAGAACCAUUAUGCAUGCAUAAUGUGCUGUGGGAUUCUGAGUAAUUCCAACAUAUUACUUUUCUUUCUCCCUUUAAAAAAGCGUCUCCUCUUGCUGACAUUCUGGAUGUCAGGAUCUCAGCUGUGGAGUUGUUAAAGGACAGUGCUUUAGUGCCAAUAUUAUGAUGUUAAUGAAUUGCAUUAAUGAAUCACAAAGGCCAAAUAGGACAUGCACUGAAUAAAGAAAACUGCAGAUGAAAUAAUGGGAAAUGAAUAGGGAAAAAAGCUCCAAACUAAACACAGUGAGGCUCUCAAACACUCAAAAGACUCUUCUGAGAGCACGCUAGGAAAAGACACUGCCAUUGCCUUGUAAUAACUAUUUCUUCUGUUCUGAAAGUUUUUUAUAGCUUUUGAAGUGAAACGCAUCUGAUGCAGUUUAACUCACAACACAAAGAUUAAAUAUUAAUUUUACUUUAAAAUUACAUUUGCUUCUAAAAUUUGAGUACAUUUUUCUACUAAUUUAUGACUCGCUGCCAAUUUUCUUACCAAUUUUUAGUUUUUCUACAGGGUGAUGUUUUUCUGUGGACCAUUUUGUAACGUUUCACAUCAGGAUUUCAAUUUUUAAAAGUAAUUGUUUUAAGAUAAUUACGUAGAUUGAAACUAAAUGUACCACUUCUACAUAAAUGCAUGAAUCAGGGGACUCCUAUGAAAUGUGCUAUUUCAAUAUAUAAUCUUAUUUCAUUUUCCUGCAUGCUGUCAGUUGGGGUUCCAGUCUUGGGUAAUAACUUGAGGAAAAACCACUAAAGACAUAAUUCAGACACUGUGAAAAUGUUUGCACUUAAUUAACAAUAAAAGUGUAUCUGUGA